AUGCUAGCAUGCACUAACAGCAUCUUCCAUGGCCCUGCCACAUUCCACCGCCAAUCCCAGCCUUCUAAAUUCCUACUCUCCAAGCCUCUUCUCUUCCCUCGCCUCCCUCGCGUAGUCAAUUUCGGGAAAUUAAAGUUCAAUUCGCUCUUUUCCGUUAAGAAUAGCUUCCGCCGUUUCGACGUCAAAUCUUCCGUCAAUUCAUCAUCAGAAGUUUUGGAGUCCAUUGAUGUUGGUGUCCCGCAUAGUUCCCUGCAAAAGCAUUCGGUGAAGAUUCCCGUUGGUGAUAGACAUAUUUUGGUUGAGACUGGUCACAUAGGAAGGCAAGCAAGUGGUUCUGUUACAGUUACGGAUGGGGAGACCAUUCUGUACACCACUGUUUGUUUGAAUGAUACUCCUAGUGAGCCAUCCGAUUUUUUCCCCCUUUCUGUGAAUUAUCAAGAGCGCUUUUCAGCUGCUGGUCGUACUAGUGGAGGUUUCUUCAAACGAGAAGGAAAAACCAAGGAUCACGAGGUUCUUAUUUGUAGAUUGAUUGAUAGGCCUCUACGUCCUACUAUGCCUAAGGGCUUCUACCAUGAAACUCAAAUAUUAUCUUGGGUUUUAAGCUAUGAUGGAUCACAUGCCCCCGAUUCCUUGGCCAUCACAGCUGCUGGUAUAGCACUUGCACUUUCAGAAGUGCCUAUGUCAAAAGCAGUUGCUGGAGUUCGAGUUGGCCUCAUUGGUGAUAAGUAUAUAGUAAAUCCUACAACUGAGGAGAUGGAAAACUCUGAGUUGGACCUCAUGCUGGCGGGCACAGAUAGCGCAAUAUUGAUGAUAGAGGGUUAUGGCAAUUUUCUUCCUGAAGAGAAGCUACUUAAAGCUGUAGAAGUUGGUCAGGAUGCAGUGCGAGCAAUCUGUAAUGAGGUAGAACUCUUGGUCAAGAAAUGUGGGAAGCCAAAGAUGAUUGAUGCCAUCAAGUUGCCUCCUCCCGAGCUUUAUAAACAUGUUGAGGAAAUCGCUGGUGAUGAGUUGGUAAAAGUUCUUCAAAUUAGAAAUAAAAUACCAAGAAGGAAAGCCCUUUCAUCAUUGGAAGAAAGGGUUCUUAAGAUACUGACAGAAAAUGGGGUUGUCAUUGAUGAAUCAGCACCAAGGAGUAAUGCUGAAACCAUCGCAGAGAUUCUUGAGGAUGAGGAUGAGGAAGUAAUUGUUGAUGGUGAAGUUGAUGAAGGCGAUGUUCAUAUAAAGCCAACUCCACGCAAACCAACGCCUUUAUUUUCUGAGGUAGAUGUGAAGUUGGUAUUUAAAGAAGUUACAUCCAAGUUUUUGAGGAAACGUAUAGUAGAGGGUGGGAAAAGGAGUGAUGGGAGAACACCAAAAGAAAUCCGCCCAAUCAACUCAAGUUGUAGCAUAUUACCUAGAGCACAUGGAAGCGCUCUUUUUACGAGGGGCGAAACACAGGCACUGGCUGUUGCUACGCUUGGAGAUAACAAGAUGGCACAACGAGUAGACAAUCUUAUAGAAGAUGAUGAUUAUAAGAAGUUCUAUCUGCAGUAUUCGUUUCCUCCUUCAUGUGUUGGCGAGGCGGGCCGUAUUGGUGCACCGAGUAGAAGAGAAAUUGGUCACGGAAUGCUUGCUGAGAGAUCCCUUGAAACAAUUUUGCCUUCUGAUAAUGAAUUCCCUUACACUAUUCGUGUUGAAAGUACCAUCACAGAAAGCAAUGGCUCUUCGAGCAUGGCCUCUGUUUGUGGAGGUUGCUUAGCAUUGCAAGAUGCUGGGGUUCCUAUUAAGUGCUCAAUUGCUGGAAUUGCUAUGGGUUUGGUUCUUGAUACCAAGGAAUUUGGUGGAGAUGGAACUCCGCUUAUUCUGUCUGACAUAACUGGAUCUGAAGAUGCAUCUGGGGAUAUGGAUUUUAAGGUUGCUGGGAAUGAAGAUGGCAUAACUGCAUUUCAGAUGGACAUUAAGGUUGCUGGAAUUACUUUGCCCAUAAUGAGAGAAGCACUGCUACAGGCAAGAGACGGCAGGAAGCAUAUACUUGGAGAAAUGAUGAAAAGCUUGCCCCCUCCAGCCAAAAGGCUUUCCCCAUAUGCUCCUUUGAUUCACAUUAUGAAGGUCAGAUCGGAUAAAGUAAAUCUUAUAAUUGGCUCCGGUGGGAAAAAAGUGAAGAGCAUUAUUGAGCAAUCUGGAGUAGAGGCUAUUGAUACCGAAGAUAAUGGCACUGUGAGAAUAUUUGCAAAAGAUUUGGCUAGUUUAGAGAAGUCUAAGGCUAUCAUUAGUAGUUUGACAAUGGUUCCAAAUGUUGGUGAUAUAUAUAGGAAUUGUGAAAUCAAAUCAAUACUUCCAUAUGGAGUUUUUGUAGAGAUAUCGCCUGGACGAGAGGGACUUUGCCAUAUUAGUGAACUGAGUUCAGGUUGGCUAGCUAAGGCAGAAGAUGUUUUCAAGGUUGGAGAUAAAAUUGAUGUAAAACUUACAGAGAUAAAUGAAAAGGGACAGCUGCGUCUUAGUUACCGAGCAUUGCUUCCAGAUGCAGAUUCAGACAAAUCAAAAUCAACUGAUAAGAGUUCAUUGGAAGAAGUAAGCAGCCCGGCAAAUGCUGGUUUAUUUGAAGAGAAAAUUGAACAGCCUAAUGAUAAGGUUAACACACCCAAGGGCACAGCCUCAUCUAAAAGAAGUUCAGAGGACAAUUCCGCACUUCCAUCAAAAAAGUUUAGCAGGAGAUCGGUAAGCCCUUCCCAGGAGAAGCCUGUCGCGAACAAAGACGAGAUCAAGAAGAGCAGCAAUAAAGCAGUCAGUAGUGUCUCUAGCAAAGAUGAAAGUAGUUUGGUUGGUGAAGAGGCAUAA